AGCGCCGUGCGCGACGACGACGACGACGACGAGAACGACGAGACGACGUCGGACAUUCGCGCACGUUACAUUUCUCCUCGUCGUCGGUCGUCUCGUCCCCGUUUCAUUCAGAAGGAUUACCUAAAUCGGAUUGAAAUGAAAUUUCGAUCGUGAGAAAUUUUCAUCGUCAAACACUGCGUGUGCGUUCUUCGACAUCUCCCGCGUCGUGGACGUUAAAGUGCGUGUGCUCCGAAACGAAUGGUACUUAUCGGGCACGCAACGUGGGUGGUGAACCGUGGUGUGGUGAUCUAUAAUUAACGAAGAGCGCGUCUGGCAACGGAACGCGGUACCAUCGCUGCAAGAAAUUAAGUCUCGAUGAAAAUAUCUCUUGAUGAAAUAGCAGCGAGACGCAGAGAGUGAAAAAGUGAAGGAUGUGAUCGACGAAUUGCGGACGUUUAUCGCCGGACGUGUUUCAACAAGCGCCGCGUUUCGAUCGGCGAACUAGAUCGAUACGAAGUGAUGAGACAGUCUAGAAUAUAUACAUCGAGAUCAUUGAGGAACAACGUUAGCAAGUUUUGGCUGAAUAAUGAACUUCUUGAAUCUUGUUGGCAACAUUACGGUGUCAAAAUGGAGCAGAUCGGUCGUGAAACUUCAUGUAGCCGGUGAUCGUCUGGAAGUAUAACUUUCUUAUUAGUUUCCACGCACAUAAAUACGUGGUAACUCGGGGGAUCCUGCCCUCGUUUCAUCGUCGUUCAAUAUCAAUUUCCGAGGUGCGAAGCAUAUUACGGAACGGGAAUCGGAAUUAACUGCGUGACUCAUUCGAAGAAGCGAUACUCUCGGUCACGUUUUACGAGCGGGAUAAUCUCGUAGAGAUCGAAUUAACCACGACGAGUCGAAGAUUUUCACCAGCGGGAAAACGACGACGCAGAUCGGGGACGAUGAUUGAAGCAUUCAUGCUCGAAAAGAGAACGCGGGUAUGACCUGAUCCACGAUUAAGAGAUCGAUCGACCCUGAUCGCUCUCCCUCUCCCCCUCUAGCGAGCAUCAAGCGAGCCGCGACAAGACCAUCAAUACCCUAAUAAAUGUCACUUGCACGAUCGAUUGGUGCCUUUUGCCAGGCAUGACAUAAAGAGAGGGCGAUUUAAAAGCGACAGAGACGACGGGUCAACGUUGUCGAAAACGGCUGUCGACGUUGGAUUGGUCGGAAGGACGCUCUUCGCGGACGAGAGUAUGUAAUCGAGAUCCCCGGCGCCACUUUCGGAGACCUUGAUAAUUAUCCACGAAUGGAGGAUGAACAGCGGUGCGUGAGGGAGAGAGGCGGACGCUUUUAAACCGAUGAGAUGACAGUGCUGUGCGUGCUGUGGGCUACUCUGUCCACCGUAGCCUCGUUUCUGGCGUGCGCCGGUUUUUACAUGCCUUACUGGAUUCAGGGACGACUACUGGGAAAGGCAGAUGCGUACUUCAGUUCCUUUCGACGUUGCAACUAUCCGCGAAUUAGGCCCCCUAACACCACGCCCGAGAUAGUUUACGAAUGCGCGAGAUAUUCCAGCUUUUGGGAUAUACCGAGUGCCUGGUGGCAGGCGAGUACAGUCAUGAUGGGAAUCGGCGUCGCGAUCGCAGUGAUUGGUGCUUUGACGCUUUUUGCAGCGGCCUCAUCAUUCCUCCCACACAUUCUAAAAACGCCGAAACACACAAGAGUUCUUGGUUCCUUGCAAUUGCUCGCUGCAGCGAUGAUAUGCGGCGGUCUGAUCAUGUAUCCGAUCGGCUGGGAUAAUCGGGAGGUACGCGAAUCCUGCGGAAAGGGGGCCAAUGUUUACAAUCUCGGAAAGUGCUCGGUGUCCUGGUCGAGCUACUUGCUGGUCGGCUCAGUGGCGUUGCUGAUGCUGUGCUUCGGCCUGAGCUUCUGCGCGGCGCGGCACAAGCCCACGAAUUCGCACACGGAUCCCCUGCGCAUUUGACAAUCGAGAUACUCGCAGUCGAUUCACGCCUACGCCUCGCCAAAGACGACCACCACGCUCUCCAUCGUCACGGUUUGUUGAUCAUCGCGCCUGUUGCGUGCAUGCGCCGUGCGUAAGUAUGCGACCCUCCGUCGCCCAUCCGGGUCGAGGCGCGAAACGAGAUGCACAUAUGUCAUCCCGCGCAUAUAUAAACACGUCGCACGUUUGCGCGGGAUGUUUUUGUUUGUCGCGGCGUGACGACUGCGAGUUGCGUGCGGCCUCGCAUCUCAUACAUAUUUUACGUACACGUAUUUUUCGAUUCGAGGCGAGAAUGCAAAUUUUUGCGAUUUCACGUAGAUUUAAUGCAUGGUUUAACGCAAACGUGCCAUAUGCGUGACUAACCCCCUUCCCAUUGACACGUCUCGCGCUACGGCCGGCGCGAACGCUUUAAAUGAGCGUCGCGCUCGUAACAUAAUUCAUCGAUAAACCAAAUGAUUGAUUAUUGAACGGUUAAGUGGGUAGGUACGAGUUGACAAUUUGAAAAAAUUAAUUUCCCCCUCUCUGUUCCACUUUGAAUAUAUCCGUCGAACACGAGAAAAGUAUACGAUCCACAGGGAUAAAUAAUUUUACACGCGAGGGAGAAACGGUUUCCGCUAAAUUGUAAGAAAGUUCUCUUGUGUGCAAAGAGUUUGGAAAAAAAAUUCUGCCUUCUUUUUGAUAAUUUCUUUUUAAUAUUAUUGGACAAUUUUUCGCAACGAAAAUAUAAGAACUGUAUUCGAAGUUUGGGUCUCGAAAGAUUGAUGAAAUUUUUGACAGGUUAACGCAUAUCUACCCUCUCGAGGCAAAUUCUGUGCCUCUGUAUAUAGCAUACGCGACCUGUAUAUGUACGUAUGUAUAUACCGUUUAAAGUGAAUCUUAUAGUCUUGUUUCACGGCGCAGACUGUUCGAGAACUGCUACGGUAUUUCCAAUUUGGUGCCGUAGUAAGCCCCGGGUGGAAGCGACAAAGCAAUUGGCAAUUCGCCUUUCAGCACUUUCAAUUCGCUUGCCGGGCGUAUACACGGUGGCGCGAAAGGAUUCGGACCGGGAGAAAUACGAACACAUACAUACACAUCUCUUUCGCGACGGGACUUUGCAUUCAGAUGCGUCGAUAACGAUCACGGUAUCCAGGUGGACUCACCGCACCCUCCUUUCGAAGACGGGAAAUCGCUAUGUAUAUCCCACGGUCCCGAAGAAGCCCUUCGGAUAUAUCGAUCGCAUAGACGUGGAGAACGUUUCGACUCUCUAGAGAUUUUCUACGUUUCUCUUAUUUAUCCUCGUCUCGGAUUCCUUCCUCAAGAUGCUAUUUCUUUCGUGAAAAUAACGAUAUUGACGAAACGAUGAUUGUCAGUUGUGCGUCUAAGUGUUUUCUCUUAAAAUUUAUUAAAUUUCCAAACGUAAGAUCCCAGAUUUUUUUCGAAUAAUAUAUGUAUUUAUGUCUCGCAUAAAAUAUCGCUUUAUCUGAUCGUUUUAUAGGAUAACAGAAAAGUGUUGCGUUUUAUACGUAGGAAAUUCUUACGUGGAGCUACUCUAUCAAACAAGUAAUUGUUCUCCAUAUUGAAUCGCGCACGCAAGAGAGAAUGUUGAGAAAAUUGGGUUUAAGCCAGACGCGGAAAAUUUAGCGGCUA